GAAAUCAGACCUCGUUUUGGGCUCAGGAGUGAAAGGAAGGUCACUAAGCGAUCAGACGACGUACUGCAGGACGGCCUCCGCAGGUCCACAAGUGCUCCGCCGCUCCCCAUUAGGUGGCACGUCUGCACCAGCCGGGAGCGAGUGGGGGCGCGGUCGUGCGCAGGGGGCGCGGUUUAGACACCUGUGCUCCUCCGCCCAGAGCCGCGGUGGCAGACGACUGGGAGCGCCCGAGCCCGCCCGAGCCCGCGGCGGGCGGACGUGCCCGGAGCCAGGUGGAGGCGGACACCUGAGCCUCUGCGCGCGAGGUGCGGACGCUAGGACCCGAGAGGCGCACCUAUUGGCGGGCGCCCGGGGCCCCGCCCGCCCUCCGCCCCGGGAGCCUGACCGGCAAGUGCAAGGGCGGGGGGGGGGACAGUGCAACCUAAAGGCACUGGCGUGGCGGCGGCGGCGGCGGACCCGGUGCACCAUGGCCGAGCUGCUGCGGAGCCUGCAGGAUUCCCAGCUCGUCGCCCGUUUCCAGCGCCGCUGCGGGCUCUUCCCGGCGCCGGAUGAAGGUCCCCACGAGAAUGGCGCGGGCCCAGCGGAGGGCGCAGUGCGAGCACCGGAGGUCGGACAUCACCCUGAAGCCAACGGCAAAGGUGGCUGGGGUCCGGCCAAUGGGCUGCGGAGAGCCCCGGCCCCGCAGGCUUAUGUGCAGAAGUACAUCGUGAAGAAUUACUUCUACUACUACCUAUUCAGAUUUUCAGCCGCUUUGGGCCAAGAAGUGUUCUACAUCACAUUUCUGCCCUUCACUCAGUGGAAUAUUGAUCCUUAUUUGUCCAGAAGACUGAUCAUCAUAUGGGUUCUGGUGAUGUACAUUGGCCAGGUGGCCAAGGAUAUCUUGAAGUGGCCCCGCCCCUCCUACCCUCCGGUUGUGAACCUGGAGAAGAGAGUGCUUACUGAAUAUGGAAUGCCAUCUACGCAUGCCAUGGCGGCCACCGCCAUUUCCUUCACCUUGCUCAUCUCCACCAUGGACAGAUACCAGUAUCCCUUUGUUUUGGGGCUGGUGAUGGCUGUGGUGUUUUCCACGUUGGUGUGUCUCAGCAGGCUCUACACUGGGAUGCACACGGUCCUGGAUGUGCUGGGUGGUGUCCUGCUCACUGCGGCCCUCAUCGUCCUCACCCAGCCCGCCUGGACCCUUAUUGACCAGCUGGACUCGGCCAGCCCUCUCUUCCCUGUGUGUGCCAUCGUGGUGCCCUUCAUCUUGUGUUACAACUACCCCGUGUCUGAUUACUACAGCCCGACCAGGGCGGACACUACCACCAUUGUGGCCGCCGGGGCUGGGGUGACCAUAGGAUUCUGGCUCAACCACUUUUUCCAGCUCAUGUCCAAGCCAAUGGACUCUCUGCCCGUUGUUCAGAACAUCCCCCCGCUCACCGCGGACAUGUUCCUUUUGGGUCUGACCAAAUUUACAGUGGGGAUUGUGUUGCUCCUUCUGGUCCGUCAACUUGUACAAAAUCUCUCGCUGCAAGUGUUAUACUCGUGGUUCAAGGUGGUCACCAGGAACAAGGAGGCCAGGCGGAGACUGGAGAUCGAAGUGCCUUCCAAGUUUGUCACCUACACGUCUGUGGGCAUCUGUGCUACCACCGUUGUGCCAAUGCUCCAUAGGGUUUUGGGAUUACUCUGAACCUCAAAUCACUGGAAAUUAGCCCACUGGACAAGAACCAAGACAUUGGGUGAGCAAGUCCUGACACAGAUUUAUUUUCUUAAAAAGAAAAAACAAAUCCUUAAGUCGCGUCCGUUUUGCUAAUAUCUGUGAUAAAUGCUGCUGCUGUGUGAAAGGGGUAAAACGUCUCAUAGGAACCAUUAGUCUGUAAGGGUCAGGAUGCAGGUGAAGCCAGGCUAAAGCCCAGUCACAUUCUUUAAGGGUUCCCCACCCUGUCUGUGAACUCGGACUUUGGCAGGAAUUGAGGCGUGGAUUUGGAAUGGCCACAAGCCCCACUGGGCUCUGGGAGAUGGGCAGGCUCUGGAAAACCAGAGGUGGGACAUUUCUUUUCAAUUACCACCUUGCCCAGCAUGGAUUGAAACUUUGGGCCGGGGGAAAAAGGGUGGCACCGGGUAAAACUACAUUCCCCAGACAGGAUGACUUUCAUGUCUUUACGAUCAAAUUAGGCUGCCCGCCUGGGAGGUGAGAGCACUGCAAACCUCACUGUGAAGCCAUGAGAGGCGGGGGCAAAGCUGGGAGGUCCUGGGCGAGAGCCUGCUUCACUUACACGUCCCAGCCUCUGCAGAUGUGAGUAUUGAAACAGGGAUCUGCUCUUCCUUGUUUGUACAUUUGCAGGAUUCCAGGUACCAUUACUCCCUUCUUCUGAACCAUGAAACAAACUGGCAGCCCCCACCGCACCAGGCGGGUGGGGGUUAACCUUCAUCAAAGGCAGGUACCUUGGGGCAUCACUGCUCUCCCCUGCUUCAGAGUGACUGGGGAUAAGGCCAUCUUCAGUUUUUUUUUUUGUUUGUUUGUUUCCUUACAAUUGGGGAAGGCAUUGUUGCCUGCAUGUGAAAGUGUAUCAGUCGAAGAACAGGUGAACUUAAUCCUUCCUGGGCCUGGCAAAGACGGACUAGACCUUGGAACAUUACCUGAUCCUGACAAGGCCUCCGACAUUGCUCCUCCAUUUCUCAGUUCCCUUCUGUAAAGCUAUUUCUCAGCUACUAAAUAGAAUCAGGGCCCCCUUUCUGUCUUCCCACCUCUUAUCUCUUGGCAAUUUUAAGGGUAAUUAAUGCAGGGCAAUUUUAAGGGUAAUUAACGUCUGCUUCUUUUGGGAAAACAAGCCAACCAAAUACAACACUCUUGACACUAGGGGUGUGCCCUGUUAGACUCAGGAAAGCAGUCAUGAUGCUAAUACCUAUGGAUCCACUCCCAGGGCUCCUGUUCAAUCAUUGAGAAUAAGGUACAAGUAGCAACAAUUUUCUUAAAAGUUAAUGUACGUAAUUAGUGCACAAAGCAUCUUCUGUGGUCCAGGGCCUGAGCCACUGAAGCAGUGAUUUAUCAUCUUAACCCAUCAUCAACACGGACACACGUUAAGGGAGAAUCAGCCUGCCUGGCAAGUUAGGCUCUUUACCUGUAACCAUAUCCAGUGUGAAAACUGAAUACGUCUGCGGGCCUUAUUGCCGGGAUGAUCUUUGGGAUUAGACAGAGUGCUCCAGUUUCCUGAGAAGAAGAAUUUUUAGUGAAACAUCCUGGUUUUCCUUCAAAUUCUUCUCUCAUUUUUUUCAGUUAGAAAUCAGGGAUGAAAAUGGCCAGCCAUUUGAGUAUUUAGUAGUUUUUACUGCCUGUCUCUUUAAGUCCCACCAAUAGAAAGGCCAGUCAGCGGAACUGAUGUAUUUAAGGCUGUAUUUACACAAUUUGUAUUGAAUAUGGUAUAUUAGCCAGAGCACACUAAAGAAUGACCAUAGGAUUUGCCACGGUUCGUCACUUUUUAAAGUAUCUUAUGACACCAACUGGAGAAUAAAAAGCAUAUACUGGUGAGGCCAGUAUAUAGUUUUUGGGCUCCUGCUUUGCCAGCCCUGUCCAUUCAUUUCUCACGUAGCACUUCACUGUAGUUAAGUCUUACACCCUCUCAGUCACUAGUUCAUCGGCACACACGGCACAUGCCCCUUUAGUUUGUCUGGGUUCCCUUGAGACAUCUGGAUUUUCUCUCUGGGGAAAGACUGCCCCCUGCUGGUUCACCUUCAGUCUUGGUGCAAAGCCCCUCUCUUGAUCCCGAGUCUUGGAGAUGAAGAACUUAAAAAGUCAAGCUCACUGUGAUGUAUCCAAUAUAAGUUGAAGACUUAUGGUGUAGUCAACCCUGCAUUUGGAACCUGUGACACCAAAGCACUCAGGAUCAUCGUGCCCUCCAGGAGCCAGGUGGAACAACAUGUCCUUUUUAUAACUGUCCUCGUGGCCCAGGGCGUCCAUUCUGUACCCACCGUUCUAAAUAGCAGUCAUUUCAUGCCAGUUUUGCUCAGACCUACUCCAUAACAGAAUACACAGAAGAAAAAGCCAUAGAAGAGACUCCUGAACGAAACCCUUUAAAUGGGGGUGGUUGAAAUCACAACAUGCCUGGUGGUUGCACUGUAAUGUCGGAUUUUCUCACCCAAAUAGGGGACAGAUGUUUCCCAAGUGUUAUCAAGCACGUGGUGUUUCAGGGCCAUAUACUCUGGGUUUCUAUUUUGGAAGCUUUCAGCUGUCUUGCUUAUGUACCGUUAUGUAAAUGUAUUCUUUUCAAAAUAAAAUCAUUUUUGUUUGAUUAUGGCUUCUUAUUAAGUGCUUUAAAAGCCAGUGUUCUGCUCCCUUGAAUUUUUUUUUCCCCUAGAUUUUUUUCGCAGGGUUCGUUGGACCUGAGUGGAAAAGAGGGGACAGAAAGAUGCAGCAGGCCAUCUAAUUCUGUCGCCAUCGUAAUUCAGCAACAUGCGAGUGUUGGUAUCACAGCGGUUACAGAUGUGACUAAAAGUAAGUCAUAUGUUUGCAUGCUCAAGUAUCGUCCUCUCACUCCUGACACUAAAGAGCAUCCUUUUACCAAUUCAGAGAUACAUGUCACUGUGUUGAAAGGUAAAUGUUACAGGUGUUGCUAGUUAAGGGAACUACGUGGUUUUCACAGGUGUGUACACUAUUUGCUCAACCAAAGGAACGUGAUCCUGUUUCACAUUCACUGCUUUACAAGGAGAGGCUCUGCCUUCAAGCCUCACAGAUUCGCCAUUUGCAAUGGUGCAGAAAGCUGGCACUCCUAUUUGCAAGGCCAAGGCUAGGACCCUAGUUGCACUUUGAACAGUAUGUAUUUGAUGCCGAAUAUGCUGGGCAGCUUGGGCGUGUGUGGCUGGAGGAGAGCCGACCUGCCCUGGGACGUUCUCUCAGGGGAGUGGGAACAUAGGCUCCGAGAAUCUCAGUUCAAGAUCCAAAGUGUGAAGACUGUCGGGAGAAGAACCUUGCUGUGGGGAUGUAGAGGAACGGCACAUUAAUUCCAGCUUGGGGACGGCAGCAACUCAAGGAAGGCUCGAGGGAGCAGGAGUGCAUGCGCCAGGCUUACAGAACAGAUGUGAAUCACCGGGAGGGAUGUCAUUCAGGCGGGAUGUGUGUAGGUGGGAGGUGACACUCCAUGGUGAGGGUGAGGGCACAGCUUGUCAGUCGCUUCCCCAGACACUCCAGCAUUUCCAAGGAGAAUCCAAACCACACCAGUGCUGGUGAUCGUGUGUGGGAAGAACAGUGGUGGCAGGGGUGGAGCAAAGGAUGAGCAAGUGGCUUUGACAUUGCAGAACCAAAUCACAAGAACAGGAAGGAAGGGUGAGAAGCCCCUUUGUCCGUUUCCUUGAGUCCACGUGGGACCAUUCCAGAGGAGAUGACAUCUUCUAGAGGUGAUUUCACAGUCUCCUUUCAGUGUGUCUUACUCGCGGAUUUGACAGUUGGCCGUGGGUAUCUCCCCUCCUGUAUUCUGUGAGCCUCUCAUGUACAGCUGCAUUCCCUGUCCUCUUUCGGGUCUCAGCAGAGGUGACAGCAGCCAGGGACUGGGUCCACGUCCUUGGUGCCUUCCUCCCUCCUCCUUUUGCUCAGAUCCCCGAACUCGUCCUGUGGAAUUUCAUUUAAAAAACAUUUUGCCGUGAGCCUGGCUCUCUGAGGGACCUGUAAACACUUCAUGUCUCUCUUUAAUGAUUUUGCAUGAAACCCUGGUUUGCUAGUAAGAGGCUAAGCAGAACCAAAUGGAACAGGGGUGAAUACACAUCUCAUUUGCGAGAAUAGAUGUUUUCCUAAAAGUUGCCUGUGCUCAGAUUUUUAAAACUUGAACUUUAAGGCGACCGUGGGGUUUGCUGUUUAGAAAUCAUAUGGCAAUUCUUCAUUUCUGCAAACAUAAGGCUCUGUAAUGACUUACUGUGGAUACACCAUGCAACCAUUGUUUUCUUAAAGUGGAGCACACCUGUGGUACAGACUUCACUAUUUACUGGAUGCAUAGGAAGAAUGAGAGUUGAAUGUGAACCAUGAAUAGAAUGUUACAUUCUUAAAACUGUAGCCACAUGAGACAAGGGAGUUACAUGAAGCCAAACAUCGUUUUCCUUUUUCCACGCCUGUCUGUUUGGCAUGCAAAAAUAAACAAGAAAAGCAAGGAUGUCGCUAGGAGUUCCGGCUGUGAGGCUUCUUGAAGGCAUACACUCAACACAUCUGCUGGCCUUGCUCUUUGUUGCUAAGAUAUCGGGGUCCCCUUGGUUAGAGCAUAGGGUUCUUCCCCAAUGGAGGUGUUCAGACAAUGUCAAUGCCUCUUGACAAAGCCAGCCUCAAAUCAGUGGGGGUGGGGCAAGGCGACGUUGGUGCCACCUCCGUGCCACCUCCCUCCGUCUUGGAGCCUAAAGUGAGGCUUUCUGCCCUCCCAGGCUAUAGUGUCUCUGUCACAUGGGGACCAGAUGGAUGGCCUGCAAGAAGAGCCAAUCAUGCACAGGGCACACAAAACACAGAGCACUUUAGCUGUCUUAAUUAGGUACCGAUAAAAAUGUGUGGCUAGAAAGCUAGUUUUGUUGUGGGGAAAAGAAACCACAGCCUAAUGUAAAUUUUUCACAAAGUCAAUCAAUUCUGCUAUUAAAUAAGUAUUAGUAGUAUUUUCAUCAUUCUUUUCUUUUUUAUCUCAGACAUCAUCGUUUUCAUCUCUAGGAAUUCAAAACAUACAUCUUCCGUGUCUCUACUUGUUCAGUCUUUGCUCUGACUUCUUGAACAUAUGGAAUAUUGUUAUAAUAUUCUUGUCUAUUUUAUCAUCUGUACCAUUUUUGAUUCAAUCCCCCCCGCUUCCUCAUUAAGGGCUGUACUUCCUGGCUUCUUUGCUGGCCUGGUAAUUUUUUAUUGGAUGCCAAGUACUGCGAAUGCAACAUUGUUGGGUGCUGGGUAUCUUUGUGUCACUUGAACUAUUCUUACGCUUUGUUCUGGGAGGCCCCUCAUCCUUUGGAAAUAGUUUGGUUCUUCUGGGCCUUGUUUUGAAGCUGUAUUAGGUGGAACCAGACUAACAUUUAGUCUAGAGCUGGUUUUCCCCAGUGCGGAGGCAAAACCCUGACUACUCUCCACAUGGCCUCGUGAUCCCCGAGGUUUUCUAGCUCCGGCCUGUAUGAGCCCCAUGACCGAUUCCUCCCUCUGUUCUUUGUGGAUGGUCACAGGUAGUCAAUCCCCUCUGUCAUGGGAGCUGCCUUGCAUGCAUGUGCAGGUCAGUACUCGACUUUAGACUCUCUGUGCAGCGCUUUCAUCCUCCCUGCCGACUGUAACUGCUGUGGCCUGCCAGCUGCGUCUCCUCAGCUCCGGGAGACCUCCACACUCUGCCUGGGUCCCCUCCCUGCACCGCAGACUGGAAUCUUUCAAGGCAGUAGGCUGGGUGGUCACAGGGGUCCCCUUGUUUUCUCUCAGGGAUACUAGCCUUCAUUGCUAAUGUCCAGGGUCUUCAAAAUCAUUGUUUUACACAUUUCAUCUGGAUUUCUAGGUGGAUAUGCAAAGUAGAAAAGUGUUCCUUGGGAAGAAGGAAGGAAAGAAAACGUGUAGGGAUCAGCUAGAUGCUGAAGUACCUUGAGGGUCAGAGAGAAGUCAUGUCUAGAUGACCCAGGAUUGUUUUCAUUACGCCCAGUACAAACCCGUUCCAGAUGCCGUGUUCCCCACAGGUUCUCACCUACACCAUCUCUCUCUCCUUACAGCAUGGUUUGCUUAUGGGGCACCUUUUUACUACUAGGCUUAACUUGCUUCGUCCACCUCAGGAUCAUCCCAAGUGCUCCUUAUUUAAAUGUUCUGCCCAACAGUCACAGCUCAGAAGUCUCUAAUUAGUCCCGCCCAUCUGGACCGGCCCGUAUGUACCCAGCACAAUGUGGUUAUUUACCUAGCUUUGCAUCCUUUGGAACUGGUUUCUUGCCGGCCCCAAGCAGGUGUUUAUUUUAGGGGUGGGCGUAUUCUCAUUCCUCAUGACAAAGCUGUGACUUGUGGAAUGUAGGAAAUUUCUUUUGCUGUAAAGUUUGGUAUCAAACAGGCACAUAUCGUUUUUAACAUCUUCACUUUCCUGUCUUAAAAAAAAAAAUGAUCGAUUUGCUUCGUAUGUCUGACGAGUCCUAUGGUAAUUUGAAUGCUGUAGGACCAGUGCCUCCUGACACUGCGGGGCUUUUUCAGUGUUUCCUGAUGCAGAAUCACCUGGUGUUCCUGAUUUCCUUAGAGACCGUCAAGGCCCAACCUUAUGGAUGGAGUGAAAAACUUGAGUGUAGGCCUUGGGUGUGUUCUUACCACACUGUGUGGGUCACAUAGGAGAGAAAAAAAACAUUCAGGGCUUUAGCUAGACAUAAUUCAACUAAACCCUUUGCUGGAGAUACUUGUUCAACCCCCUUUCUCGCUAGAGCGUCUACAGCAUCCUUUCUGUUGACUGGAAAGUCAAAGGAGAGAAGCCUGUGGCAGCAACGGGAACUAAAGUUCGCUCUGGGUCUGCUUCCCCUGCUUGUGACCCGGCUUGUUUGUCAAGCCUUGGCCCGUUGGCUCCUCUGCCUUUAUCCAAGGAGGCCCAUUUUCCUGUUGGGGGUCUCAAAGGGCUGCUGAGAGACUGUCAGAGGUGUGUUCCUGCCUUGAAUUUUAUUACAGAUGGCAGCCUCUCUUUUUCUUCAAUAAUAUAGUUCUUCUAACUCCUUCUAGCAAGUCAUAACUUGGAAGAGAGCAGAUGCGUCAAAUGCUUUUGUUGUUGAGGACGUAUUUGGAUGAAGGCAGUUGUGUCCUUUUAAGGCCACCUGUCUACUUUUGGAUAAAAUGAACAAAA